AUGGUCGUUGCUGGUACCUCCUCUGAGGUCCUGCUGAGGCUUCUGGAGACCAUCUCAUCCUGCUUGGCCCUUCUCCGAGCCGUCACGCCUGCGACUGCCCAGGGACAGGGCUCAGUCUUUGAAGAGACCAAGUCUCAGUCUCUUCCUGGCCAGGAAGGAGGAGGCACACUCCUGGCUGCUGCUGGACCCAAGGAGGAUAAGCCACUGUCGGGUGCAGCUCCCCACGCACCAGAUGCUGUGAGCAAGGAACUGCCACUCCCCUGCACUGUCCCAGGAGAGAAGAAGCAGGGAGAGAUCCCUGCAGAACUGAGUAGUGCUGAUGUGGGGAAGGUGAGCCAGACCCCCAGCUCCAGGGCUCCCCACAGAGAUAGGUCUCCAGCCCCAGUUAGACCCCAGCCACAGCGGGGAGGUGCUAUUCUCUCAGUGAGAGAGGUGAAGACAGAGAAGAAGCUCUGUUCGCCAGCCCCUGGUAAGCAGAAGAAGCCCCACGCUGUGGGGCCAGCCUCAGCAUCCCCUCCCAGUGUCACUAACUCAGCCCGUGCCACACACAACCCAGUGCCUUGUGGGUCGGGCCGAGGGUCCUGCCACCUGGCCAACCUCCUCAGCACACUGGCCCAGCACAGCCACAACACAGACCAAAGGAAGGGGCCUCCAGAAGUGAUUUGCCAAGUUCGGAAAAAGACUCGAACCCUAUACCGCUCAGACCAGCUGGAGGAGCUGGAGAGGAUAUUCCAAGAAGACCACUAUCCUGACAGUGACAAGCGCCAGGAAAUUGCCCAGACUGUGGGGGUCACACCCCAGCGCAUCAUGGUGUGGUUCCAGAACCGCCGGGCAAAGUGGCGCAAAGUGGAGAAACUGAACAGCAAAGAACACAAGGACCCUCCUGAAGCCCCAGCCAGUGGUCAGUGCAGCUCUACGGCCGAGCUCCCACCCGCCGAGGCUGUGGAUGCAGGGCCUGGUACCUUCCCUCAGGAGCCCCCUCUGGAGUCCCCAGAAUCACCCCUGGUGCUAACAUCUGACCUGACUCCAGCCCCAACUCAACAUAGUGAGGGUGCUCCAGGAAGAGCAGUGGCCCCAGCACUCUUCAGCCCCCCACCUGUCCAAAGGGCCAGCCUUCCAUUUCCUUUCGGCCCUGUCCACACCCCUCAACUGAUGCCUCUGCCAAAGGAUGCCCCAGGCAGUGACAGCAUCUACAAGGAUGGCCCCUGUGGGUCCUGGGGCACCAGCUUUAGCCCACCACCCAUCUGCUCCUACUUGGAAGAGCUGGAACCUCAGGAUUAUCAACAGAGCAACCCACUGGGGCCCUUCCCAUUCUCCCAGGCUCCCCAAACCCAGUUUUUCCAAGCCCCUCAACCACAGUGCUCAUACCUGCCGCCCUUUCCCUUCCCCAUGCCCAGCUCACAGAUGCUUCUCCCACCAGAAGACUCACUCUUUGCUUUUCCUUGUGGCCCCAGUGGGGGUAUGUCACAGGGCUAUUGUCCAGGCCCCCUGUCAGGGCAAAUCCCACUACAGCCACCUGCUGGGAAUCUGGGUACAGUCCCCUGGAGUGACCCUUGCCUACCAGAGCUGUCCUUCCCUGGUCCAUUCUGCUCGCAAGCUCUGGGCCAUGUCCCGGGUGGAGAUGCCUACUUCUCUGACCUAUUCCCGGCUCCCUGUGCUCAGAGUGUGAGCAGGCAGCCUUCCCCCAGUGUAACCCAGCUGCCCAGAGUGCCCGGAAUAGGAACCAGGCCCUCACCCAGCACAGUGCAAGGGGAGCAGCUAGCCACUUCCCUGGAGCAACCCUCAACACCGGAGGAAGUCAGAGAGGAGGACAAAAGCAGCCAUGUCCCCUACGUGGGGACUACAGACUGAAGAGAGACUGCUUGCCAGGACAGCACCUCGUACCCACUCAGGAGAGUGGUUGAAGGGUUGAGGGAGGCUGAGGACUCUGCUGACUGGGAUAGGAGUCCAAUGUUUACCUACAGUGGGGUUCUCUUGCUGGACAUUGAUUUGAGAAGAAAGGCUAACCCUUUUCUCCCACCCUUAUAUGGUGGUCCAAAACAAAGAGGAUGACCUGUGUUACUUCUGGAUG